AUGGGGACAUCUGGGGCAGCUUACCCCGGGUGCCUCCAUCGCAGUCACGUGUUGGGGGGCGUCGGGGUGGUGUGGUGGUGGGAGGGGAUGCGUGGGCUGUUCAUGCCUUGGGCACAGUUUCCCCUCCCUUCCCUCUACAUUGCUUUGGAGGCAAUGUGCCACUUAGCGUGGAACCCAGGUGAAGUGAAUCUGCUGGACAAACUAGCAUCCUACCAUCAGGAAUUUGGCAAUUUUUCUCUCAGCUAUGAUGAAACCAAUUGCAGUAUUUUGGAGGUGGGCCAGUAUGCCACUCUGAGUGUCCCUUCUGCGGAGGUCUUUGGGGAAAACUUUGCAGAUGAGCUCAGCCUGUUGCUGACCCUUCGGUACUCUCUGAAGGAGGAGACCAGUCUCUUGACGAUCAUCAGCCACCACGGUGACAUCCUCUUUCAGAUCAGGAUUAGCCCUUAUGCCUUGGUUUUUGUUGCCAGCAGGAGGCGUCAUUAUGAGUUCCCUGUUUCCUCCCUGGCAGAUGGAAAGUGGCACCAGGUUGCUCUCAGCAUCUCUUUGGAGAGACUGGCUCUAUAUGUGGACUGUCAGCUGGUGGAGAGUGUUGGCUGGUCCAGCUACAUUGGGAUGGGUGUAACCACGGAAGGACUCCUGGUGAUUGGGGGGCUCAUUGAAUCCUUUGAGAUUCCCUUUGAGGGAGCGCUGCGACAGCUGACCUUCUUGAUGGGAGAUGCUGGAGCAGCCAGUGAACACUGCCAGACCCAUAACAGCACCUGUAGCAGCCCUUUAGGCAAAGAAGCAAAGCACAAUAUGACUCCCUUCUGGGCACUGUUUCCUCAAACUGGCACUCAGGUGCUGAAUGAAACCAAUGAGAUUCAAGAGUCGGACGUGCAGGACUCAAAGUCUGCUGUUUCUGAUUCGGUUUUGAAGUCUCCAGUUGAAUGGGAGGAUUCACAGAAGGAACUCAGUUCUCUACCCAGUGAAAACCUUCCCGUUUCAAGCAUGGCUGCUAAGAGACCAGAAGAAGAAGAAGAAAUGCUGACGCCUAAGGAAGAAGGCUUUGAGCUUCUAAACACCACUUACGAUAAAAUGGCUAAGCCUGGAAUUCUGGGCUCGGAGAGCAAAGAAAACCCUAACAAUUUGGUUGCUGCAGUUAACUCACAGGAUUCUCUCAAUCUCAAAGAUGUUCAAGCAACUGAUAAUGUUGUCAUCCUUUCAGGAACACCUUCCAAAGGAAGGCAUCUGGCUAACAAGAAGGGAGACAUCUUGAGGACUCCAGAUGAGAACUUCACGGAGGAAAAAUUCACAGGGGACAGUGGCUUUUGGAGCCAGCUCUCAACCACAAAGUCCCAAGAUGCCAUCAUAGAUCUUGACAGCUCUUCCAUCUUGAAAACCCCUUCAGAGGGAGGUGACACACUAAGGAGCAGUCCUACGGUCUCCUCUCCAAACUACCACAUGAAGGCUGUGGUUUCUGCAGACACAGACAGAGGGCUUACAAACCUUUCCAGAGCUUAUACAGCCUCCAGAGAUGUUGUGAAGCCAACGCAAGCAGAGUUAAAAGCUCACAUGAAUGGUGUCCAUGGGCAAAAGACCAUGACUUACCUGAAGGAAAUCCCCAUUCAAGAGCAUGUUCCAAACAGCUUUUUGGAGACGACAGAACUGCAAAGAAUCCACCUUAAACCUGGUCCCCGUGGGCCAGCAGGACCUCCUGGCUUGCCUGGUUGUCCAGGGAGAAGUGGACCGAGGGGGCCCAAAGGAGACAAGGGAUAUCCUGGUGCAAUUGGACGAACAGGUCGUACAGGUGACCCAGGCUUGCCAGGGGUUCCUGGGCCCCCGAUCAUUGUUCUCUGGAGGAACUCUAAGGAGGACUGGCUGGCAUUUAUGCAAUCUUCAUUCUACCAGCUUCUUUAUGCAGGCUGGCCGCGCCAGCCAGGACUUCCAGGAUUGAUGGGUCACCCAGGAAAGUCAGGAUUGCCUGGCCCGCCUGGCUAUCCAGGGGAACCGGGUGAAAAAGGACGUGUGGGAUACCAGGGUGAACCUGGACCACCAGGCCUCCCAGGGCAUUCAGGUUUUCCUGGGACUGAUGGACUUCCAGGAGCAGACAGAAUACCUGGACCACCUGGAAUUCCAGGGGAACAGGGCCCCCAAGGAUUUAAGGGGGAUCAGGGACCUCCUGGAGAAAAAGGAGAAGAGGGCUUUUUGGGUGACCCUGGGCCUCCAGGUGAAAAAGGCAGAAAAGGUACAAAGGGUAUCAAAGGAGAAAGUGGCCCUUCUGGCCCCAUUGGGCUCCAGGGGCUGAUGGGCUCCAGAGGGCCUCCUGGGAUUCAGGGUCUUCUGGGUGCAGUGGGAGAUGCUGGUUCCAUGGGCUGUUCGGGACCAGCAGGGCCAAUGGGUGAACCAGGGCAGCCAGGCCUAGUGGGACUACAAGGGGUCAAUGGCUCCCAGGGAGAAAUGGGGCCUUCAGGCUUUCUGGGUCCUCGGGGUCCUCAGGGCCCACAAGGAUUACAAGGGAGGCGUGGACCCCCAGGCCUCACUGGAUCACAGGGUCCCCUUGGGAAUGAAGGCUCCUCUGGCACCAAAGGAGACCCCGGACCCCGUGGUCUUCCUGGUCUUAGAGGAACAAGUGAACAAGAAGGUGUGGCAGGUCCACCUGGCAUACAGGGCCUACAAGGACUUCCUGGGGACCAAGGGGGCAGAGGUCUGCAGGGGGCCAAAGGGGAUGCUGGAGCCAAAGGCGACCAGGGCUCCACUGGUGUGCACGGGGCAAAAGGACUGCCAGGAAUUCAAGGGGCCUUUGGUUUCCAAGGCUUUUCUGGGCCAAAAGGGCUAUCUGGGCUUCAGGGACCAGAAGGAGAAGAAGGGCAGAUCGGUCCUCCUGGUCAAAAUGGCACAGAAGGGCUCAAGGGCAGUCGAGGUCUGGAUGGCCCCAAAGGAAGGUCAGGACCACGAGGAAACAGGGGCUUGACUGGUCAGCGUGGGCUCACUGGGAUGCCAGGAUCUCCAGGCUUACGAGGGGCUCCAGGAAUCCACGGCGCAGAAGGAAAGCCUGGUACACAGGGUGUCUCUGGUGGUGUGGGGAGCCCUGGCAGAAAGGGACCACCCGGCUUUGUGGGUUUCCAAGGGGAACAAGGACGUGAUGGGACUCCUGGAUCAAUAGGCUCUCCAGGAAAAGCAGGAAUCAGUGGAGAUCCAGGUUUACCAGGGCCAAGGGGUAUGCCUGGCAAACCUGGUCUGGAGGGACUUCAGGGUCCUGUUGGCAUCUAUGGCUACCCAGGUUCAGUUGGCGACAGAGGAAAACCAGGACCCAGGGGCAAAAAGGGGGAGCUUGGACUCAGAGGCCCCGUAGGAUUCCCGGGAAAAUCUGGUUUCAAAGGCCCACUUGGACCUCCUGGCAUGAGAGGGCUGCCUGGACCAAAGGUAUGUUUGUCUCCUGUGCCUACUCAUAACAUCUUUGUGCCUGACUCAAGGCCCAGCAAAGUAGCCCUGGGACCUACCUCUGUUGGUCAGAGCUACAACUGCAGAGAGUUGCCCCACCCUUUGUCUCUUCUGUCAUAA